AUGCCCCCCUUUUUUCUACGAUGUUCUGUCCUAUGCGCCGUACCAGCGGUUUGUGAAAUGUGGAGUCGAUCUCCGUUGCUUGUUAGGGGCAUGUUGGUCGUUCAGGCAAUUGGUGUUUGAAGCUUAUGGCAAUGAAAUUUCUCGGUGGGGGGGUAAUCUAUCGCGCAAGUGAAUGUUGAAAUGGUACGAUAUAAGGUUUUCGUGGGCACUUGCUGCUGCGCGAUGUCCGAAGUUAAUGUUCUGUACUACAUGAAAUACUUGAUUUCUACUCU